AUGUCGGGCUUUCGAAGCGCCUCCAAUGGCGCCCCCGACUCCCAGUCCGGCGCGUUUGGCUCGCUAACCCCAUCGCGGCCCGCACCGCCCGUCCCAGCCAACAAGCAUAACGACCCCUUCCUACCCCCACUCUCCCAGUACAACUCGGCCUCCAGCUCCAUGGGCAGAGGCGCAGGAGGCGGCUCCUACACCGGGCCCCUCCGCCCCGCAGGCCCUGGCGCCACCGCCUCGGGCGCAGGCGGCCCCGCCUCCCAUCUCGGCUCCAACGCCGGCUGGCAACAAGCCGGUCCAGGCGCCACCACCAGCGGCGCUGCCGUCGUCCGCAAGGGCUGGGUUAGCGUCAAGGAAGACGGCAUCCGCUCCUGGAUCUGGUCCAAGCGCUGGCUCGCCCUCCGCGAACAGACGCUCACCUUCCACAAGAACGAAACCACCUACCAGGCCGUCGCCCUCGUCUUCCUCAAGGACAUCUCCAACGUAUCCCGCACCGACCUCAAGCCCUACUGCAUCGAAGUAGAGACCAAGGACAAGACCUUCUACCUCCAGCUCAAGAGCGACGAGGAGCUCUACGGCUGGAUGGACGACAUCUACUCCCGCUCGCCCCUCAUGGGCGUCUCCUCCCCCACCAACUUUGUCCACCAGGUCCACGUCGGCUUCGACCCCAUCAGCGGCGCCUUCACAGGCCUCCCCGAACAGUGGUCCAAGCUGCUCACCACCUCGGCCAUCACGCGCGAAGACUACGAAAAGAACCCCCAGGCCGUCCUCGACGUGCUCGAGUUCUACACCGACAUCCAGAAGCGCGAGCGCGACGACUUUGGCCUCGGCGCCCCGACCAUGAACCUCCAGGCCGGCCGCAAGCCCAACGACGCCCCAGGCGCCUCGUCCGCACCCCGCUUCAACGCAGGCACCGGCUUCGCCGGCAGUGCAGGUGCCGACUCGGCUUCCAACCUCUCCAAGGACGCGCCCCACUACCCCGGCACCGCACCCAAGCCGCCCUCGGACGCCUUCCGCAGCUCACCCGCCGCCAACUCGUCGUCGUCCGCGUUGCGGCCCGCGCAGCCUGCCUCCAUGGCCCGCCGUCCGUCCGAUGACGGUGGCCGUGCUCACGGCGCUUCCAGCCCGGCUUCUUCGCAGGCCUCCUCGUCUCGCCUCGGCGGCGGAUCCGCAUCCAACGACUCCAAGUACGGUCGCACCGCUCCGGGCGCCUCCAGCUCGGCCGCCGGCUCGGCGCAUCCGGACCUCGUACCUUCGCGCAAGGCCCCCGCCGCCCCAGGUGCGCCCAAGGCCUCCACGCCCGCCUCGACGCUCGCCUCCACGCGUCCCGCCCCGCCGCCGCCGUCGGCCUCGGCUGCCUCGAGGGCCAACGACGCCGGCGUCCAGGGUCUCAACGUCAAGACCAAGGAGCUCAAGCUCGGCAGCGACUCGGCCGGCGUGUCGCCCUCGUCGGCCAAGCCGUCAGCUGCUGCUGCACCCGCUGCGGCCAAGGCGCCGGCGGCGCAGGCUGGCGCACCUGCGCAGGUCAAGCCGUUGCAGAUGGCCAAGAAGGAGGGCGGCGCGAAGACGGCGCAGCAGAAGGAGGCCGAGCGCCGCAUCAGCACCAUGUCCGAGGCGCAGAUCAUGGAGAAGCUGCGCUCGGUGGUGAGCCCGGACGACCCCAACAUGCUCUACAGCAAGAUCAAAAAGGUCGGCCAGGGCGCGUCCGGAUCCGUCUUUGUGGCCAAGACGCUGGCGACGGGCCAGCGCGUGGCGAUCAAGACCAUGGACCUCUCGCAGCAGCCGCGCAAGGAGCUCAUCGUCAACGAGAUUCUGGUCAUGAAGGAGUCGCAGCAUCCCAACAUUGUCAACUUUCUCAACUCGUUCCUCGUGCGCAACAACGAGCUGUGGGUCAUUAUGGAGUACAUGGAGGGGGGUGCGCUGACGGACGUCAUCGACAACAACACGCUCGAGGAGGACCAGAUUGCGGCCAUCUGCAUGGAGACGUGCAAGGGGCUCGAGCAUCUGCACAGCCAGAGCAUCAUCCACCGCGACAUCAAGUCGGACAAUGUGCUGCUCAAUGCCAGUGGACAGGUCAAGAUCACCGACUUUGGCUUCUGCGCCAAGCUCACCGACCAAAAGUCGAAGCGCGCCACCAUGGUGGGCACGCCCUACUGGAUGGCGCCCGAGGUGGUCAAGCAGAAGGAGUACGGUGCCAAGGUCGACAUUUGGAGUCUCGGCAUCAUGGCCAUCGAGAUGAUCGAGAACGAGCCCCCGUAUCUGGACGAGGAGCCCCUCAAGGCGCUGUAUCUGAUUGCCACCAACGGCACGCCCACGCUCAAGAAGCCAGAGACCUUGUCCAAGAACCUCAAGAGCUUCUUGGCCGUGUGUCUGUGUGCCGACGUCAAGAGCCGUGCUUCCGCCGACGAGCUGCUCCACCAUCCCUUCCUCCAGUCCGCCUGCCCGCUCUCCAGCCUCGCCCCCUUGCUCCGCUUCCGCAACAAGCCCGAGCGCUGA